GUUUCUCUCUUUGUUUCUCUGUGUCCCUCUCUCUCUCUCUCUCUCCCUCUAAAAUACAUUCUGGCAGACAUCCACAGAACCAUUCUUGGAAAUUCAAUGGCAGAGACGGCCAAAGACCAAACCCAUAUCGAAAUCAAGGCCCUUCAACAACCACCCUUCUUCUCCGACUACGCCGACGAUCCAAUACGAGACCAGAGGGUCCCCUUCUUCAGACCUCUCUCUCAGAAGAACAAAAACACUUGGGUCAUCUCUCUCUUCGUGAUCCUGCACAUUGUCGCCUUUUCCGCCACAAUGUUCGUCAAUGAUUGCUGGCGAAACUCACACGGCGAUUGCGUCUUCAAACCCCUCGGAAGGCUGUCCUUUCAGCCUCUCUUUGAGAACCCUCUCUUGGGUCCUUCUGCUUCAACGUUAGAUGACAUGGGGGCUCUUAGACAAACAUUUUUAAUGGAACAUCACCAAAUUUGGCGCCUUUUCACAUGCUUGUGGUUGCAUGCUGGGGUCAUCCACAUAAUCAUCAACCUCUCAAGUGUUGUCUUUAUUGGGAUUCAUUUAGAACAAGAGUUUGGACCAUUGAGGGUUGGAAUGAUCUAUGUGGUCUCUGCCUUUUUUGGUAGCUUAGUGGCUGCACUCUUUGUUCAAAAUAGCCCAGCAGUUGGUUCCUCCGGUGCUUUAUUUGGAUUGCUUGGUGCCACGCUUUCUGGACUUGCACGAAACUGGAAAUAUUACACUGCAAAGUUUGCGGCUCUGAUUGUACUAUUCUUCAUCUCCGUGAUUAAUUUUGCCAUAGGGUUGCUACCUUACAUUGACAAUUUUUCAAACAUUGGAGGAUUCAUAUCAGGGUUUCUUCUUGGGUUUGUGCUCCUAUUCAAUCCUCAGCUCCUGCAAGAAAGUCAAAACAAAGGAGGCCUAUUUGAUUAUGGUGUCAAAAGUUCUGUAAACCUCAAGCAGAAACUGGAUAAACCUGUACUGAGGAGUGUUUCUCUCAUCCUCUUCAGUCUUCUAAUUGCAGGUGGUCUUGUGGCAGUUCUGCAUGGAAUCAAUGUGGACAAAUAUUGCACCUGGUGUCAAUAUAUUGACUGUAUUCCCUCCAGAAGGUGGGCCUGCAAUGACAAAGGAAUCGCUUGUGAGACGAUGACAAGCUCGGGACAGUUGACUCUGACUUGUACAGGUAAUGGCAAUUUCAAGGUUCUUCCUUACACCAAUGUCUCGCAAGCACGGAUAAGUGAUGUGUGCAUGCUGAUAUGCUCAUGAAAUUGUGAGUUGUGGCAAUUUUUGUUCGAGAGUUCACAUGGGAAUAGUAAAUGCUGAAUAUUGAUACUUUUCAUUCAGUGUAUAAACUUACACGCCAAGUGAAGGGGAAUUGUGCUGUACAUGCAGUUCUACUACAACUUCCAUGUGUUUGAAAAAAAUAAAAGGCCUUAUAUCUGACA